GGGGCGGGAGCAUGAAACAGAAAAUGAAAGCUGUCAGUGGAGACAAAGGGCGGGGGAAGGAUAAUGCAGCUCCAAUGAGGUUGAAGAAAGACCUGCUGGACGUUUGCAGAUAACUUACACCAGCCCGUUACCCUAGUUAGGCUACACUCCUUCUGGAUUGUAACAAUCAACAGCCAUCCUCCCUGAUGUUUCUCUACAUUCCAAAAACCAACUGAUUACUGCUGUCAAAAGGGUUCUUUAUUACACUAACCUAUAUAGGAAAUCCUUAUCCUUACAGUGCAACAUUCCCAACAUUAUGGUCUGGGUCAGAUUGGUGGUUCUGGGCUUGUUGUCUCUGGCUAUCCCCCUACAGGCGUCUGAGCCCCCCAACCCCACCGCGGGGCCGCCUCCCCUGGAUACGGGUAGCCUCUCAUUUCCUUGGAGCCGCCUCCGUCUUCCUGGUUACAUUGUUCCGCUCCACUACCACCUUGUGCUCCACCCUAACCUCACCACGCUCAGCUACACCGGCACCGUCCGUAUAGAGCUCCGGGUUGAGAACAAUACCAACUGGGUCGUGCUGCACAGCAACAGGCUCCGCAUCACUUGGGCGACAGUGCUGGACCAGAACCUGGCUCCCCUGUCGGACCGGGCGCUCCCAGUGCUUCACCAUCCUACCCAUGAGCAGGCAGCCGUCUUUUCUCCCAAAAUACUCAGCUGUGGGCAGAAGUACUUUCUGUUUCUGGAGUUCGAGGCGGAGCUAGAAGAAGGCUUCUACGGCUUCUACAAGAGCAGCUACAGAACAAGUAGCGGAGAGACACGGAUCCUGGCCUCCACUCAUUUUGAGCCGACAAGUGCUCGGACGGCGUUCCCCUGUUUCGAUGAGCCGAGCUUCAAGGCUAACUACACCAUCAGUAUCAGGAGAAGCCCAGCACACACUGCCCUGUCUAACAUGCCUGUGGAGAAGACCGUGGUCUUGGAUGACGUCCUAGUGGAGGAUCGUUUCACUGCGAGCGUGAGGAUGAGCUCAUACCUGGUGGCCUUUAUUGUGUGUGACUUCAGUUCUGUCAGCGAAACGACGGCCUCUGGCGUCAAGGUGUCUGUCUAUGCUGCUCCUGACAAAUUGCAGCAGACCCAUUAUGCCCUGAAGGCUGCAGUCAAACUACUGGAGUUCUACGAGGAAUACUUUAAUAUCAACUACCCACUGCCUAAACAAGACCUGGUGGCCAUCCCAGACUUCCAGUCUGGAGCGAUGGAGAACUGGGGUCUGAUCACCUUCAGAGAGACCAGCCUGCUUUAUGACCCGGCCACCUCCACAGGCUCUGAUAGGCUCUGGGUUACCAAAGUAAUUGCCCAUGAGCUCGCCCACCAGUGGUUUGGGAACCUGGUGACCAUGGAGUGGUGGAAUGACAUCUGGUUGAAUGAGGGUUUUGCCAACUACAUGGAAUACAUCUCAGUAGAGGCCACAUACCCCGAACUCCAAGUGGAGGACUACCUUCUGAACACCUGCUUCGCUGCAAUUAGUCAAGACUCUCUAAACUCCUCCCGCCCCAUCUCCAGUGCGGCUGAAAGCCCUACACAGAUUAAAGAGAUGUUUGACACAAUGUCCUACAAUAAGGGAGCAUGUGUCCUGCACAUGCUCAGACAGUAUAUGACUGACAAAGUGUUCCAGAGUGGAAUUGUGCGUUACCUUCGGAGGUACAUUUACGGUAAUGCACGCAACCAAGACCUGUGGGACAGCUUGGCCAACACCUGUUCAGAAGAUGACUUCACCUCAGAUGAACACUGCUACAACCGCAGACAGGCAGCUAAGAACAAAUAUGUUGGAGAGCACCUGGACCUGACGACCAUGAUGAACACCUGGAUCCUGCAGAAGGGUGUCCCCUUGGUAACGGUUGCUAGGCAGGGGUCUCGUCUGUUGCUUAAACAGGAGAGGUUCCUGAGGACUACACAUCCCUCAGAUCCAGCUUGGCCCGGUCUGCAGCAGGGGUACCUGUGGCACAUCCCUCUGACAUACAGGACUGACAGCUCACCUAGCAUCCAUAGACACCUACUGACCACCCCGACAGACAGUGUGGAGGUCGGGGAGGAGGUGGGCUGGGUGAAGGUGAAUGUGGACAUGGCUGGUUAUUAUCUGGUCCACUAUGAUGGUUCAGGAUGGGAUGUGCUGACUCAACUUCUGAAGGACAACCACACAGCCCUCAGCUACAUGGACAGAACACACCUUAUUCACAAUGCUUUCCAACUUACCACGGCAGGUCGGCUGUCAAUCAAUAAAGCCUUGGACCUUAUUGGUUACCUACAAUCAGAGAGUCACACCGUGCCGCUCCUUGAGGGGUUGGCCCAUCUGGAAGCCUUCUACAGGAUGGUGGAAAGGAUUGACAUACCUGACAUCACACAAAACCUCAGGACAUACAUCCUGGGGUAUUUCCGCAGUGUGAUUGAUGGUCAGACCUGGAGCGACAAGGGCUCUGUGUCUGAGAGGAGGCUGCGGUCAGAGCUCCUCUCACUGGCCUGCCAUCUAGAGCAUCGCCCCUGUAUGGAGCAGGCCAAGCACCGCUUUACUCGCUGGCUAGAUUCAAACAGCACACUCAGGCUGCCGGCAGACGUGACAGAGACAGUGUAUUCAAUAGGGGCCCAGGAGGACCGAGGAUGGGAGGCUUUACUCAACACAUACACCCGUUCCCUCUCAGAGACACACAAAGACAAAAUUCUCUCUGCCCUGGCCAGUAGCCAAGACACAAACAAACUACACAGGUUGUUGGAGCUGGGUUUAGAGGGGCACGUGAUCCGUACCCAGGACUUGGACUCCGUCAUUGUCAUGGUAGCCAGGAACCCCAGGGGACAUCACCUGGCGUGGAGCUACGUCCAGAAACACUGGAGCACCCUGGUGGAGAAGUUCCAACUGGGAUCGUUCUCUAUUAGGAACAUAAUCAUCGGCACCACAGCCCAGUUCUCCUCCACAGAGGAACUUAGUGAGGUGCGUGUUUUUUUUGAGUCAAUCCGUAAGCAGGGGUCUCAGCUGAGGGUGAUGCAGGUUGCCAUGGACAACAUACAGAAAAACAUCCUCUGGCUGCAAAGAAACCUGGGAACUCUGAGGAGCUGGCUGGACCAAGGGAUAGUUUGAAAAAAAGAGUGUGGGGACACACAGGAAGGAGUGUGGGAGAUAGGGAAGGAGAGACAAUUCUAGAAAUGAUUCAGUCAGGUUUGGUCAGGUUUUUUUAGGUUACAUCAGGGACUGUUUUUGAAAUGUUUUUGUUGAAUUUUUGUAGAAAGGUUUUUGUUGAAUUUGAUAAUGUUUGAAAAUAAAGGGUUCUAA